AUGAAGGAUUGGAGUGAUCGCUUAGAUGAUGCAUUGUGGGCCUACAAGACAGUGUACAAGAUGCCAAUUGUGAUGUCACCCUUCAGAUUAACUUAUGGGAAGGCAUGUCACCUUCUAGUGGAGUUAGAGCAUAGGGCUUGGUGGGCGGUGAAGAAGUUCAAUAUGAACUUGGAUGAAGCAGGCCUACAUCGAAAAUUACAGCUAAAUGAGCUUGAGGAGAUUAGGAAUGAGGCUUACGACACUUCAUGGAUGUACAAGGAGAAAACCCGAGCCUACCAUGACAAAAUGAUAAAAGGAAAGAAGUUUCAAAAACUUCGCUCACGUUGGGUUGGUCCAUUUGCUGUUACCAAUGUGUUUACUCAUGGUGCAGUUGAGAUACGAAGUGAUAAAACAGGGAAGGCAUUCCUGGUGAAUGGGCAUCAACUUAAGCUCUACUAUGAACCUUUUGAGGAGCACGUGUAUGAGGAAAUAAGUUUGAGAGAUGUGCCAAAGGGCGAGUGA